AUGUAUCACGGUACUUCUCUCACCAAGUAUCACGGUACUUCUCUCACCAAGUAUCACGGUACUUCUCUCACCAAGUAUCACGGUACUUCUCUCACCAAGUAUCACGGUACUUCUCUCACCAAGUAUCACGGUACUUCUCUCACCAAGUAUCACGGUACUUCUCUCACCAAGUAUCACGGUACUUCUCUCACCAAGUAUCACGGUACUUCUCUCACCAAGUAUCGCGGUACUUCUCUCACCAAGUAUCACGGUACUUCUCUCACCAAGUAUCGCGGUACUUCUCUCACCAAGUAUCGCGGUACUUCUCUCACCAAGUAUCGCGGUACUUCUCUCACCAAGUAUCGCGGUACUUCUCUCACCAAGUAUCGCGGUACUUCUCUCACCAAGUAUCGCGGUACUUCUCUCACCAAGUAUCACGGUACUUCUCUCACCAAGUAUCACGGUACUUCUCUCACCAAGUAUCACGGUACUUCUCUCACCAAGUAUCACGGUACUUCUCUCACCAAGUAUCACGGUACUUCUCUCACCAAGUAUCACGGUACUUCUCUCACCAAGUAUCGCGGUACUUCUCUCACCAAGUAUCGCGGUACUUCUCUCACCAAGUAUCGCGGUACUUCUCUCACCAAGUAUCGCGGUACUUCUCUCACCAAGUAUCACGGUACUUCUCUCACCAAGUAUCGCGGUACUUCUCUCACCAAGUAUCGCGGUACUUCUCUCACCAAGUAUCGCGGUACUUCUCUCACCAAGUAUCGCGUUGUAUAUGAGUACGGAACAGUUGCAUAUGAGUACGGAACAGUUACAUAUGAGUACGGAACAGUUGCAUAUGAGUACGGAACAGUUACAUAUGAGUACGGAACAGCUGCAUAUGAGUACGGAACAGCUGCAUAUGAGUACGGAACAGUUGCAUAUGAGUACGGAACAGUUACAUAUGAGUACGGAACAGUUGCAUAUGAGUACGAAACAGUUACAUAUGAGUACGGAACAGUUGCAUAUGAGUACGGAACAGUUACAUAUGAGUACGGAACAGUUGCAUAUGAGUACGGAACAGUUGCAUAUGAGUACGGAACAGUUACAUAUGAGUACGGAACAGUUGCAUAUGAGUACGGAACAGUUACAUAUGAGUACGGAACAGUUACAUAUGAGUACGGAACAGUUGCAUAUGAGUACGGAACAGCUGCAUAUGAGUACGGAACAGCUGCAUAUGAGUACGGAACAGCUGCAUAUGAGUACGGAACAGUUACAUAUGAGUACGGAACAGUUGCAUAUGAGUACGGAACAGUUACAUAUGAGUACGGAACAGCUGCAUAUGAGUACGGAACAGCUGCAUAUGAGUACGGAACAGUUACAUAUGAGUACGGAACAGUUGCAUAUGAGUACGGAACAGUUACAUAUGAGUACGGAACAGUUGCAUAUGAGUACGGAACAGUUACAUAUGAGUACGGAACAGUUGCAUAUGAGUACGGAACAGUUACAUAUGAGUACGGAACAGUUGCAUAUGAGUACGGAACAGCUGCAUAUGAGUACGGAACAGUUACAUAUGAGUACGGAACAGUUACAUAUGAGUACGGAACAGUUGCAUAUGAGUACGGAACAGCUGCAUAUGAGUACGGAACAGCUGCAUAUGAGUACGGAACAGCUGCAUAUGAGUACGGAACAGUUACAUAUGAGUACGGAACAGCUGCAUAUGAGUACGGAACAGUUACAUAUGGGUACGGAACAGCUGCAUAUGGGUACGGAACAGCUGCAUAUGGGUACGGAACAGUUACAUAUGAGUACGGAACUGCAUAUGAGUACGGAACAGCUGCAUAUGAGUACGGAACAGUUACAUAUGAGUACGGAACAGCUGCAUAUGAGUACGGAACAGCUGCAUAUGGGUACGGAACAGUUGCAUAUGAGUACGGAACAGUUACAUAUGAGUACGGAACAGUUGCAUAUGAGUACGGAACAGCUGCAUAUGAGUACGGAACAGCUGCAUAUGAGUACGGAACAGUUACAUAUGAGUACGGAACAGCUGCAUAUGGGUACGGAACAGUUACAUAUGAGUACGGAACAGUUACAUAUGAGUACGGAACAGUUACAUAUGAGUACGGAACAGUUGUAUAUGAGUACGGAACAGUUACAUAUGAGUACGGAACAGUUACAUAUGAGUACGGAACAGUUGUAUAUGAGUACGGAACAGCUGCAUAUGAGUACGGAACAGUUACAUAUGGGUACGGAACAGCUGCAUAUGGGUACGGAACAGCUGCAUAUGGGUACGGAACAGUUACAUAUGAGUACAAAACAGUUACAUAUGGGUACGGAACAGUUGCAUAUGGGUACGGAACAGUUGUAUAUGAGUAUGGAACUGCUGCAUAUGGGUACGGAACAGUUGUAUAUGAGUACGGAACAGCUGCAUAUGGGUACGGAAGAGUUGCAUAUGGGAACGGAACAGUUGUAUAUGAGUACGGAACAGUUGCAUAUGGGUACGGAAGAGCUGUUCAAGAGUAUGGAGCAGCUGGGUAUGAAUACAUCCAAUACACAAAAAUGAUCUUAAAAGCUGAAAAAUGUAAUUGCAAGGCCCAGCUACCAAGAAUGGUGCCCCAGCUAUAA